CAUGGGAUGCAGGGCCAUUAAUGCACUCUUCAGUCUUCACAGAUACAACUUCACAACAAUCUUGUAACUAUUAGUGUUUGAUUGAUUCUUCAAAAAAUGAAUAAAAUAAGAUGAUACAUCAUACAUGUUAUUGUUGCUUGUGAUAGGAGAUAAGCAAAAGUCAGAAGAAUUAGAAUACACCCUCAUUUUUUUCUGCCUUUUCAUUCACAUGAGAGAAGCAUCAUCUUCAUCCAUCAGACAUUAAUUUCCACAAGUACAACAACAAUCUAUAUUUCUAAGAACUACAAUCAACAUGGUAUCAAAACUUCUUACCCUCCAUGUUCCUUCUCAUCCUAAUUUUUUUCUCACCCCAGUUGCAACUUCAAGGAAUCCAAGGCCCUCUCAUUCUCUCCCUCCUUUUUCAUUGUCAACAAAACUGAGUUAUAAGGCCUUCCAUGCUCAAAACCAUUAUUUGGCUAAUCAUGUCCCUGUGAGAUGCUCCAAUUCUUUUAUUUCUUCAAGUUUUGAGAAAGAGCUAGAUCCCACACUUACUAAUGAUGAUCUCAAGCCAACUUCACCUAGCCAAAGAACCUUUUCAGGAUUGGAAAUGGCUAGCCUUUGGAUUGGACUAGUGGUGGGAGUCCCUACUUACUACCUUGCUGGUAGCCUUGUUGACCUUGGGAUGGCAUGGUGGCAAGGCAUAGCCACUGUGGUUGCAGCCAACAUGAUCCUUUUAGUUCCCCUGGUCCUCACCGGUCAUCCAGGUACCCGUUAUGGCAUAUCAUUCCCAGUUCUUGCUAGAUCAUCUUUUGGCAUCCAUGGUGCUCAUGUUCCCACCCUCUUAAGGGCCUUGGUUGGCUGUGGUUGGUAUGGGAUUGAAUCAUGGAUUGGUGGAGAGGCAAUUUUCCUUCUUUUGCCAAAAUCAAUAAAACAAAGUACAUUUUCUCAAUCUCUACCCUGGCUAGGCACUUCCCCUUUGGAAUUUGCUUGCUUCUUAGCCUUCUGGGUUGCACAAUUGUCCAUUGUGUGGAAAGGAAUUGAUGGCAUUAGAGAGCUUGAGAAGUACUCAGCUCCAAUACUCAUUGUACUCACCUCUUGCCUCUUGUGUUGGUCUUAUGUAAAAGCUGGUGGUUUUGGUCACAUGCUCUCUUUAUCCUCUAAGCUCUCCACUUCACAAUUUUGGUCUUUAUUCUUCCCAUCUCUGACUGCUAACAUAAGUUUUUGGGCUCCUCUGGCUCUUAACAUCACUGAUUUUACAAGAUAUGCCAAGAGUGAGAAUGAUCAAAUCAUUGGUCAAAUUGGUCUUCCUAUCUUCAUGGGAGUAUUCACAUUUGUUGGCAUAGCAGUUACCUCGUCUACAAAACUCAUAUUUGGUCAUGUUAUUUCCAACCCAAUUCAAUUACUUGGCCAAAUUGGUGGCUUUGCUACCACUGCAUUUGCAAUCAUGGGUAUAAGCCUAGCCACCAUCACCACAAACAUUGCUGCUAAUGUUGUAGCACCUGCAAAUGCUCUUGUUAAUCUCAGUCCCAAGUGGUUCACUUUUAGAAGAGGAGCUCUUGUAACUGCAUUGUUUGGAAUUGCAUUCCAACCUUGGAGGCUUCUCAAGUCAAGUGAGAGCUUUGUUUGCACUUGGCUAGUUGGAUAUUCUGCAUUGUUAGGUCCUAUUGGAGGAAUUCUCCUAUCAGAUUACUAUCUUGUUCAAAAGACAAACUUAAGCAUCAAAGAUUUAUACUCAAGGAGUCCUUAUGGGGCUUACUAUUACUCAAAGGGGUUUAAUGUGGCUGCAAUUGUGGCUCUAAUUGUUGGAAUUUUACCAGUAAUCCCUGGUUUCUUGCAGAAAGUUGGAAUUGUAGCAUCAGUUCAUGAAGCUUUUGUUGUCAUCUACAACAAUGCUUGGUUUAUUAGCUUCUUUUCUGCAGGAUUCUUAUAUUGGAUUCUAUCAAUUUUCAGAAGGAAACAAGAUAAAUCUGCUCCUGGAGACCAUCUUUUGCAAGCUCCUUAGUAAAUACAAAGAAGAUUACUAUCUCUCCUCCAAUGUCUGAAACGUUUGUACAUUGGUUUUACACAUGAACAAAUGUACCGAGACACAUUUUUUAUCAUAAAAAACAAUUUUAUGCUAUGUUAGAUUUCAAAAUUUCGAUGUAAUUGGUUUAUAUGGAGUACCAUGUUACGUUUGGAUCUAGGACAGCCUUGUACAUUCAUUUUCCUUUGAAAUAAAGAGACUAUAUAAAUA